AUGGGAACAAAAUUGUCAGUUUCGCUAGAAGAACGUUUUCAUCCCGAAAUUUCACCACGUGCUGAUCGUCCUCCAACUUUUGACCCUCUUUAUGGUUUCCCGAGAGGGAGAAAACCACGUGAAAUGGUUGCCACAUGGGAAGAAAUGGAACAGUGGAAUUUGAAUCGUGGCCAGCGUGAUUAUUGCGCCCACAAACUUAUUGAUCUGUUAAGAUGUCAGAGAAGUUCGAAACCUUUCGCCCACUAUUAUUGCGUUGAUGAACGUAAUGCUUAUGAUAAAUGUGAAUAUGAUGAUCAAAUAAUGAGAAUCAAAGAAUUCGAACGAGAACGUCGGCUUUUAAAACGUAUGGCUAGGAAAAAAGCGGCAGCAGAAGCAACAGCGUAA